AUGGGCACCAAGAAGAGAGUUAUGAGAUCUGGAAAGAAGAUUGCUCCUCCUGUCUCCAACAAACCUCGUUUCAACUUCAUUGAGGAAAUAUUCGUGAGUGCUCGUGGAGUUAAAACCAAGGUCUGUACGCUUCCUGCUGCUGAAAUGGAAUCAGUCAUGAACGACAGUGACAGUGACAGUGACAGUGACAGUGACAGUGACAGUGACAGUGACAGUGACAGUGAUAGUGAUAGUGAUAGUGAUAGUGAUAGUGAUAGUGAUACGGUGUUGGGGUUAACCCGCAUGAAUCCGUUCUCUCUAACUGUGAGAGCACAGCAGAAGAUUUCAGUUGGUCGAAAGUUGGGUUUCACCAGACGUUGCAAGCCCAACCUCCUUAGGAAGAGGGGGCAGAGAUUGGAACACAAGCUUAUCAAGAAGUCUGCUCCUUCUGUCCCUCGUUUCAACUUCAUUCAGGACAUGUUCGUGAGUGCUCGUGGAGUUAAGACCAAGGUCUGGACGCUUCCUCCUGCUGAGAUGGACUAUGUCAUGAACGACAGUGAUAGCGAUAGCGAUAGCGAUAGUGAUGGAUCUCAUGAUUUAGAGCUCUAUCCGAAUUUGUAA